AUGGGUAUUCACCGGAAACCCAUUCACCGCCGUCUACAGAAGCGCCGGCAAACCACCUAUUGCUUCGGUCCAAACCACUGUUGAGACAACGCCCACUUUUCUUCUUCCUUUUAUGUGUAUUUUAUUUUUAGAAAUAUAAUGGCAGUGAGUUUUAGUGCUGCUACUGUGGUGGGUUUUCUUCUGAUUACGCUUCUGUCACUGAGUGGCGAGCGAGUCAACUCGGAGCCGAUUCAGGACAAGCAAGCCCUCCUUGCGUUUCUUACCCGGACGCCACAUGCGAACCGGGUCCAAUGGAACGCGUCGGUUUCGGCCUGCACCUGGGUCGGAAUUAAAUGCGACGACAACCAGUCCUACGUCUACUCCCUCCGCCUCCCGGGUGUCGGUCUCGUCGGGUCGGUUCCGCCCAACACGCUCGGCCGGCUGACUCAGCUCCGGGUUCUCAGUCUCCGUUCUAACCGACUCUUCGGCCCCAUCCCCGCCGAUUUCUCCAACCUGACUCUGCUCCGCAGCCUCUACCUCCAGGGGAAUCAAUUAUCGGGUGAGUUUCCGACCGGGCUGACCCAGUUGGAGCGGUUGAACAGGCUCGAUCUCAGCUCCAACAAGUUCACCGGUCCGAUUCCAUUUGCCGUCAGCAACCUGAGCCACCUGACCGGACUCUUUCUUCAAAACAACGGUUUCUCUGGCAAGCUGCCCAGCAUCCCAGCUCCCAAUCUGACCAACUUUAGCGUUUCAAACAACAAACUCAACGGCUCAAUCCCGGAAUCGCUAUCACACUUUCCCGCCUCUGCAUUCUCUGGAAACUUAGAUCUUUGCGGUGGCCCGCUUAAGCAGUGCAACCCGUUUUUCCCUGCUCCCGCUCCGUCGCCCGAGUCCCCGCCCAUAAUCCCAGUCCACAAAAAGUCCAAGAAGCUCUCUACCGCCGCCAUUGUCGCCAUCGCCGUGGGGUCCGCUCUAGCCCUGUUCCUACUUCUCCUCAUACUCUUCCUCUGCCUCCGGAAACGGCGCCGCCAGCAGCCGGCGAAGGCCCCAAAGCCACCUGUGGCCGCACGGUCGGUAGAGACGGAGGCUGGAACAUCAUCCUCGAAAGACGACAUCACGGGCGGGUCCACCGAGGCGGAGAGAAACAAACUUGUGUUCUUCAACGGCGGAGUUUACAGCUUCGAUUUGGAGGACUUGUUGAGAGCGUCGGCUGAGGUUUUGGGGAAGGGAAGCGUGGGGACGUCGUACAAGGCGGUGCUGGAGGAAGGGACGACGGUGGUGGUGAAGCGGCUUAAGGACGUGGUGGUUACGAAGAGAGAGUUCGAGAUGACAAUGGAGGUUCUUGGGAAGAUUAAGCACGACAAUGUGGUGCCGCUGCGAGCGUUUUACUUCUCCAAGGACGAGAAAUUGCUCGUCUCCGAUUACAUGUCCGCCGGCAGCUUGUCUGCCCUUCUCCACGGGAGUAGAGGCUCAGGCCGGACGCCACUAGACUGGGACAACCGCAUGAAAAUAGCGCUGAGCGCGGCAAGAGGAAUAGCUCACCUCCACGUGUCAGGCAAGGUGGUCCACGGCAACAUUAAAUCCUCCAACAUCCUCCUCCGACCCGACAACGACGCUUCCGUUUCCGACUUCGGGCUCAACCCGCUCUUCGGGACUUCGACGCCGCCGAACCGGGUGGCGGGAUACCGCGCGCCGGAGGUGGUGGAGACCCGAAAGGUCACGUUCAAAUCCGACGUGUACAGUUUUGGCGUGUUGCUGCUGGAGCUGUUAACCGGGAAAGCGCCCAAUCAGGCGUCGCUGGGGGAGGAGGGGAUCGAUUUGCCACGGUGGGUGCAGUCGGUGGUCCGGGAGGAGUGGACGGCGGAGGUGUUCGACGUGGAGCUGAUGAGGUACCAUAACAUUGAGGAGGAGAUGGUGCAGCUUUUACAGAUCGCCAUGGCGUGCGUGUCCACGGUACCCGAUCAAAGACCCGCAAUGCAGGAGGUGGUCCGGAUGAUCGAAGAUAUGAACCGGGCCGAGACCGAUGACGGGUUACGACAGUCGUCCGAUGAUCCUUCGAAAGGAUCGGACGGUCAUACUCCUCCCGCUGGGUCGAGGACCCCACCCAGCGUCACACCCACGCCUUAGGGAAUAAUCUCGAUUUAAAAAAGAGAAAAAAAGGAAGAAAAAAUUGUAAAGGAUCGGAAACGGAAGGACAUAAGGCAAUGUUGUGUAUUUGUGGUGGGCCCAAUAUCUGUUUUUUUUUUUUUUUUGGAAUUUUUAUUUUUUUAAUUGUGGCAAUUAUUUUUACAGGUGCGACGUGGGAGGGAGGGUUUAUUUUGUUUAUGAAGUUUUCGGGGGUGGGGCCCGUGGGGGAGUUCCAUGAGCUGAUUGGAAUUGACCAUUUGAUGGACUUUUGGUUUUUACUUUUAUUAUUUUUAAUUUUAUGAUUCAGAAUUUCUGUCUCGUUA